AUGUGUCAGUCACCAGAACCAGAAGCACACAUCGAAAUUGACCAGGGGAGUGCCAGCUCGGCCUUCACGGCUUCCAUUACAUCCAGCAUCCUCGACUACCCGGUCGAGAACGGCCGUCGUUACCAUGCCUUCAGAGCUGGGGCCUACUACAUGCCAAAUGACGAUCUUGAGCAAGACCGGCUCGAUUUGUCUCAUGCCCUCAUGACCAAGGCGAUCGGCGACAAGUUGUUUCUUGCUCCCAUCAACCCGGAGAAGCUACAGCGCGUGCUUGACAUCGGCACCGGCACGGGAAUAUCCGCGCAGAUUCUAGGGAACGACCUGAGUGCGAUACAGCCACCAUGGGUGCCACCCAACGUCAAAUUCGAGAUCGACGACAUUGAAUGCCCCUGGGUUUAUGAGAUGCCUUUUGACUUCAUCUUUUGCCGGUACAUGACCGGUUCCAUUCUCGAUUGGCCUAAGCUUGUUGGAAGGGUCCAUGAAAACCUCACCCCUGGCGGCUGGGCCGAGUUCGAGGACUUCGACCUGCAAUAUUACUCGGAAGACGGCUCUCUCAAGACCGGAUCAAGCACCCUGACAUGGAUCAACACGUUCUUGGAGGCCACCCGCAAAAUGGGCCGGGAGGCGUGUCCCGGCCCUAAGCUCGAAGGGUGGGUGCGGGACGCCGGGUUUACGAACGUGAAGCACGAAAAGUUCCGUUUACCCAUCGGCUCCUGGCCAAAGGACGCACAUCUGAAGCAGGUUGGCUUGUACAACAUCGCGCAAAUCAUGACGGGGCUCGAGGCCUUCUCGCUACGAAUAUUCUGCGAGGUGCUGGGGUGGAAGAGGGAGGAGGUGUUUGUGCUCCUUGCCGCAGUGCGAAACGAACUCAAGGAUUCGAAAUUGCACGCCCAGUUUGACUUCUCAACAUCUCUUAGCUUGAAAGUCAAUGCUUCCAGCCGGCGAAGGACCCCGGUCUCAUCUUAUCUGCUGCUUGCGGGUCUCCCUGUAUAUGCUGUACCCCACUACUGGUUCGAGGCCCGAGUUGAGGCCAGCAGGACUCACUGUGCCAGCCAGCUGUUGGUUGACGAGCACUGCCAGAGCUCAGCUCGCCUAUAUAGGGUGCCCCUGGCCUUUGCAGGGCAAGGAUGUCCUUUUGCUCAGUCUAACAUGUCUACUUGCUUCACACAUCACACGGCACCCAACGAUUUGCCUCCCCCCCGGCCUCUUUCCCCACGCCAUUCAGGCCACUCAAGCGGAUCUAUAAAUCCUUAUCAACAAACCGGCGUCGGACUUGGUCUCCGCCGGUCUAAUCGCGGUGCUCACCGCCAGGGGGGAACACACUUCGCCACAACGAGCGAAAACGAAGAACGCCGAAAACUUCCCGCGCGCGGAGCGGUGCUCGUUGACCCCGGGCCUGGGAUCACCCCUCUUCGCAAGACAGAGGUUCCCGACACCCUAGAUCAAGCCGCUACCGUUGGCGGCGAGGGCGGCCGCGGUCGCGACGGUGUAGACUGCGCGCCCCCGUGGGGUUGGUAA